UGAUUAACAUUACGCGCUUAGCUUUGUGUGCUACAUGUUGGUGAAAUACAAUCCACAAUACAAAGGAAUCAGUGGUUUAAAUAUCUGCGUACUCUCUGAAAUAAAUGUCCAAAGAAGUGCAUUUGUGGUAACAACUUUAAAAGUCCUGAAAUGACAUAAAGAAGGCGCUACUUUGUACAAACCGGUAAGUUCGAGCUAGCAUUAGUUUUGAAGAAAAUGAUGGAAACAGAGGUACUGACAGAGGUCCCUGCAGAGCUGAAGCGUCUGGCCAAGCAGGUGGUGCGUGGUUUUUAUGGGAUAGAGCACGCUUUAGCCCUGGACGUGCUGAUCCGAAACCCCUGUGUGCGAGAGGAGGACAUGCUGGAGCUGCUCAAGUUCGACCGCAAACAACUUCGCUCUGUACUCAACACGCUGAAGGCAGACAAGUUUGUCAAGUGUCGCAUGAGAGUGGAAACAGCCCCAGAUGGGAAGACUACACGCCACAACUAUUACUUUAUAAACUACAGAGUGCUUGUGAAUGUGGUCAAGUACAAAUUGGAUCACAUGCGGCGAAGAAUUGAAACUGAUGAACGUGACUCCACAAACAGAGCAUCUUUCCGCUGCCCCUGCUGCUUCUCCACUUUCACAGACCUAGAGGCCAACCAGCUCUUUGACCCUAUGACAGGUACCUUUCGUUGCACCUUCUGUCAAACGGAGGUGGAAGAGGACGAGUCUGUGUGCCCGGACGCCAGGACAUUAGUGGCCCGCUUCAAUGAGCAGAUCGAGCCCAUCUAUGCACUACUGCGAGAAACUGAAGACAUCAACCUGUCGCAUGAUCUACUGGAGCCAGAGCCUACAGAGAUCCCAGCCCUCAAACAGAGUCGUGAAAGAGCUGCAGCUGCUGGGAAUGCAGGCGGCCCACACCGUGAGGCCUGGGCUAACAAAGGCUCCUACUCCGACCUGUACACUCAGAACAUGGAUAUCCGCAUGGACGAGCAGCAGAGACAGGCCAACGAGGGCAAGCCUCCCAAAGAGAGGCCCAUCUGGUUAACUCAGAGCACAGUGCAGGGGGCAGACACAGAGCCGGACAUCAUCAAGAGCCAUGGAGAGGUUGUACCAGGAUCACAAGAUGGUACAGCAGGAGCACAGACGAAUGAGAACGAGGAAGUGAUGCGCGCUCUGCUCAUCCACGAAAAGAGAAGCGUGUCCGGCUCUGGAUCCACCGCCACCGCUGCUGCCACCAGGGGGCUAACCGCAGCUAAUGCUAACGCUAGCGACUCUGACAGUGAUACGAGCGAAUCGGACGACGAAGCCCCUGCAGCCCCGCCCACUGCCCCUCAGCGCCACAUGGCCGACGACGAGGAUGAUGAUGAUGACUUUGAGGAGGUCGGGGAGGAGCACAUGGUGAUGGUAGGAGGAAAGCCGUAUUCGUACAGAGUGGUGAGUGAGAGGCCAGAACUGGUUGAGCAGAUGUCCUCACAGGAAAAAGAGGCGUACAUUGAAUUGGGGCAGACCCUAUUCCAGGACAUGUACUACUAAGCAUACACACAGUUGGUUAGUUGGUUGCAAUUUUCUUCACAGCACAAUAAUGGCAUUCUAAUAGAGUGAAAAUUGCACAAUAACCAGAUUAAUGGGGUUCCAAUAUAUUUUCCUGCCUUGUUUGCAUAAUAUUACCAAGAAAAUAGUGAUCAUGUUCUUAGCUGACUUACAGUCUUCAUACUAAAUAAAGUUACGUCAUAUUACCAAGAGUUGUACAAUGUGUAGCUGUUAGUAGUAAUAAUAAGUAAUUAUCAUAGUAGGCUAUGAUAUGACCAAAACAUUGAUCCAUCACGAUUUUUGGUUCAGUGUAGUAUGUCUUUCACAAUCAUUUUCCAAUACCAAAUUUUAAUAAUUUCUAUUAAAGAAAAUGUAAUAAUAUUAGUAUUUUUCUGUAACUGAACUCCAAACCACAUGCAUUAAAAAAAAACAAAAAACAGCCUAUUAAUGGCAAUUGACAAUUUGUAAUUUCCAUUAAAAUGUAAUAAAUUUCACAGCCCAAAUAAUUACACUUUUAGUUUCGUUGCUAUUUUUGUCUAUUACCCUACCAUGAGUGUGCUGUAAAGUUAAAGUACUGCCAAUUUUAUCCUAUAUUGUAGUGUGCUUAUAAAAUCAGUAUAGAAAAGGAGACUUAAGAGAUUUAAAUACAUUAUCUGCUGUUACUCAUUUUAGGUAUUUUAAGUCUUCUCCAUGUCCCUUCUAUGGCCCAUGCUCUGACAGUGUUGAAGUGCGCCUGUUUAGUAUUUGGCUCCAAGUAUUUUUCAAUGACCAACCAAAGGGAGCUGAAACUUGUGCCAAUAAUUUACCUUUAAGUUUGUUUAAUCUUACAGUGAAGCCUGGCACAGUUUUGUUUUAAUAGUAAAACUGCUUACAACAUACAUUUCUUGUACUUCAUUUUAUUAAGGACUCUUUGCUGCCAAAACCUUCAUUUUGGACCCUGUCUAAUAAUGUACUUAAAAAAUGUUUACUUUACCAUGCUUUCUGUACAAAAAAUAAAACAAAACAAAAAAUA